UUCAGUAAGUCGACCUGUCUCAGUUAGGCGAACGCUUGCGCUAGGGAACUUUUUUCAUUGGCGAUAUAAGGGAAAGUACCCAACGAAAACACUGAAAACACACACAGCAGUGAAACUAGUUAUCCGGCUUAAAUUCAGUCAGUCUUGCUAAAAUCUUUUACGGCAACGAUGGCCAGCUGCCAAGUCCAAGAGACUCCAUCCCAGGACGAGUUGAAAAACACUGAAAACAACAAAAACGUGAAGAAUUCGGAGGAACGGGGGCAAUUAAAUUUUAAAUCUAAUAACGAUGUGGGUGCGGUGGCCGCUCCUUCGUCGGAGACUGAUCUGCGUCCUUCGCGCAGUUCGGUGACCAAGAUGACCCGGAUUCCGGCUCCUACUUAUAUGGGUCCCAGUGGUAGCCAUUAUCAGGCUAGCAGCCGAGUGUACAGCUCAGUGGUGGUUCGGAAGCCCAAGAUGGAAGACCACCAGUUGACCAACGACUCCGGCAUCCACAUGGACUCGUCGAUGACCGAGUUGCCCGAGACCCCAUUGUCGGCCAGACCCAGUCCCAUACUGCAGACGAUUCUAGACAGGAUUCCGGGCACCAGCAGCGAAAUGGAACUUCGGCAGGCCGAGGAGCAGACUCUCAAAGAACUUCAACGGGUCGUUGCCGAAAUGGAAGCCGAUGUGGCUCUGGACGAUGUGGAUUUGCAGGAUCAGCCACUCGGCGAUGAUCAAGACCAGGCCAAUACGGAGGAAGAAAACUAUAAUUUAACACCAGAUGUCGGAAAUAGCCCAAAGAACUCUGGUCUCGAUAUGGAACAGCUUUCUGCAACCGAAACCCAGCAGAAACAAAACAGCGUUUCUAAGGAACCACUGACUAAUGGAGAACAUUCUGUGGACAAUCUGCAAAUAAUGCAAGAAGAGUGUGCUGCUAAAGGGAAAUAUGUGGAGGACGAAGCUGCAAAGGAAGAGGAACUAGAACUUUUUGAGAAACUGGCCCAAGACCCAGCCCCUGAUGAUCCAGUGCUCACAGAAUCCACCGAGGAAUCAGUGGACCAGCAGCCUGAGAAGUCUGCGCCCGAAUCCCUAAUGGAGGAGCUUGAAAUGGCGAUAGGUGGGGGUUGCGAAACCGAAGAGGAUCGGAUUCUCAGGGAGCAAUUUGAGAGAAGCCCUGAAACAAUGGGCUUGAAAUUUCCUUAUCCAGCAGACGAGAACAUGUCCACCAUUUCGGAGACGGGACUGACCUCGUGUCCCUCGUUAGAUGGAUCGGUGAAGAGUGAUCGUCGGAUGGUUCCCUUGGAGGAACUUAUCGAUCCCGAAAACAAUGUGGAGCUACUGCGUCAGCUUUUGCAGUCUGGAUCCAAAGAGAACGUCGCCGAGGUAGAGGCAGUCCUAAACGAUAGUGAUCUUCUGGAGAAGCAGGCGGUGGUGGCUGAAUCGGAGGAAGAAGCGGAAACCGAGACCGAGAUUGAGGACGAAACGGAAAUGGCCAAGAAGCAGACCACCAAGUCGUUUAGUAACUUCCGACGCCUUAUCAGCCGCAAGCUCCUGAAGCUCAGCUAUCCCAUACUAUUCUGCGGCCUGGCUUUUAGCCUGAUUUACCUAUCCCGCAAGGAGUAGGCCACCGUUUUGAAAAUGGAAAUUGGAUUUAUAUACAUGAACAAGCAGAAUCAACCGAUUUGACUCCGGCAGAUAUAUGUAUAUCGUGCAACGCUCUUCAAAAUCGCCCAACGCAUUGGCACCGAGUGCCUCAAAUUAAAUCUAUUUUUCAAAUAAAUAUGCUCAUUAAAAAGCAAUUUUGCACGGUUUCAAUUUUCCAA